AUGUCUACGUCGAGAGGCUUUGCCGACCACAAUGGGGGUGGCUCCAAGUCAUCUUCCCUUUCUUCCACUUCCACUGGACCCGCAAAGAAGGCUGCUUUCGCUUUCCAAUCUCGCGAACGCACCUUCCAGUCUCCGGCCAGCAAGAGUCGCUCCUUGCCCCGCCGCCCACAUCAGCUGGGCCAUGAUGAUUCCUCCGACGAAGAACGUGCACCCGUACACGAAGAGAUCUCGGGCUUUGAUACCCAUACUGGCCGCCAGAUUACCGCCGAUGGUCAAUCUGUUAGCGAUGCGAACAAACCACUCGUGAUUCCAGUCACGAGUAAAAAUAACUGGCGCGAUCGUCCGGGCAUAAAUGUGAAGAAGGGCAAGAAGAACUUGCUACCGCGUGAAGUGCAGGCUAUGCAAGAAGCGCAAAAGAACGGACAGGCCCCAGCAGGAGGAGCCGUUGAGACUGAAGGCCCGGGCAUGUCUUAUGGUCUUAGCUUCGCCCAGAAACCGUCUGACCAAGAUCAGGAGAGUUCCGCCGCUCAAGAGGACCAACCUAUGCCUAAUGCGCAACCAACUUUCAAAGAAGACCAGAAGCCUCUUACGGAAGAUCAGAUUGCUAUGCAAGCUCUGUUACGGGAGACCACCGGUGAAGUGGAGCGUCGGACAGACCUUGUGAUUGAAGCCUCUAAGUACGACGAGGAUGAGGAACCCUUUAGACGCCACGAUGAGACAAGCUCUUUCCGAACAGACGUGGCUUCUCGCCCCGAACCCGCUACUUUGGAUCAAUACAAUGCUAUACCUGUCGAAGAGUUUGGAGCUGCUCUCUUGAGAGGAAUGGGUUGGAAGGAUGGUCAGUCUAUCGGACGUGGCGAUUACAGCUCCAGCACGGCCGCGAAAAAGGCAAAGAAUCCCAGUGUCCCAGAGCGACGUCCGGGGUUCUUGGGAAUUGGUGCCAAGGAUUCUGGAAAGGGCGCUGAAGUGGAGCUUGGCGCUUGGGGAAAGUCAGCCAUGCGCAAAGCAUCAAGGAAGCAAGGGGGAGAAUCCGAGGGUGGCAACGUGGAAGGUGUAUACAUGCCUGUUACGAUGCGGAACAAGAAGACUGGCGAGUAUAUCACGGAGGAAGAGCUCGCAGACCUCAAGAAAGAGUCCUCCAAGUCACAAGUUGAUCAGGGCGACUGGCGAGAGAGACGGGAUCGCAAUCUGGAGAAAAGCGGGCGUGAAAGGGACCGGGAUCGAGAGUACCGUAAACGGGACUACGACGACGAUCGGUCUGGCCGAAGGACUGGUUCGUCGCGCAGGGAUCGAAGCUCGUCUGCCGGCCGUCAUUCAUCCAGACGCUCAAAGUACGAUGAUGGCGACGACCGUCGGAGAGAUGAUCGCUCUCACCAUGACCGAGACCGCGAACGAGAGCGUGAUAGAGAUCGCCGUCGAGAUCGCGACGAUGGUCGAGAUUAUCGCAAAGAUCGGGACCGUGAGCGAGACAGCGAUCGGAAUCGCCGAGAUGAUCGGUACAGCAGCUCUCGACACUCAUCUCGUUCGUCCCGUAACGAUCAGGAUCGAGACCGCGAAUCUCGUCGAAGCCGACGGGACGAUUAA